GAGCUUUUACAGCCAAUCAAAUUUCAGCAUUUUUUGAGAAAUUUAAAGAUUACAAGUGAAAGUAAAAAUCCUCCUUUUAAUCUAUUAUUGCAAAAUGAAAACUUUCUAAUUCUGCUCACAGCGUUCUUUCAGUUUUACAUUCAUUAAUAUGAAAAAUUUGCUGCGAUACUACAUUCCUUGAAAAUUCUAUGAGUCUAUUAAAUUUUAUCCAUUCAAAAGCUAUGACAGCGAAUACUUUUUUUGUUCAGUUUCGUUUUCGUGUUCCGAAAAUGAAUUUUUUUCUGAUACUUAUUUAGUUUUAGUAACUUAAACACGCUAUCUUAUUUGUAAAAAUUUAAUAGCUAGUUACUAAGUAUUUCAUACUAUACAUAUAGUAUUUUAUACUAUUUUUCCUGUUUGUAAUCUCAAAAGAGAUUUAUCAAAUGACGAAAGCUUAUCAAGAGUAUUUAAACGAAACUUAUUUUAAUGUGAACAGAAUGGGAAAGUUGUGCUUUAAUGACUUUUCUGUUAUAUUUUAUGUUUGGCAGUUAAUGAAGAUCUUGAAAUUCUAUUGAUAUAGAUAUCCUCUACUCCGCUUCAUGAUAAAUUCAGUUAUGUAUCAAGGCCUAUUACUAAUAAGGACUUAAUUAACAAAAAAGGAAACUUCAGCUGCAAUUACACUGAGAAAUACUUUAUAAAACCUUUGAAAUGAUAAACGCAAGUUUUAUAUCUGCUACUGAAGUUUCGUAAAAAAUGUCCUCCAGCUGUGGAUGAUUUAAAAAAAAAGCUUUCAUUGACGACAGAAUGGAUGAAAAGCAGAAUGGAUUAGAAAUUUCAGUGAACCACGAACCCCAUGAAGAAAAUAAAAAUGAAGCGAGAAGGGAUUUUUGUCAUAUCGAUAAACAGAUGGUUCGAUUCAAAAUCCAUUUCUUCUUGUUUUUUGGUGCAAUGGGAACCAUGUUGCCUUAUGUGCCCCUUGUUGCAAAGGAUAGAAUUGGAAUCUCGGCAACAUCUCUUGCAACAGUCUUAACAGUUCUCCUUUUUAGUACUGUACUGACUAAAACAGUUCUAGGAUACAUAGCUGAUUAUUUCAAGCGAAUCAAAGUUAUGAUGAGUGUGCUAAUCAUUUUACAUUGUCUGUUUUUCUUAACUCUUCUUAUCAUCCCACCAGUCAAAAAAUUCGACAGAAAUGCACAAAAUUUGACUCUUUCGAAUUAUUUCCAGGCAUAUGAAAAUGAAACCGAAUUCACUUUUGUUUCAAUGAAAAGAACAGGCUGUGAUGCAUCAGAUAAUCUUCCAACAGAUUUUAAUGCACAAUUCGAAGAUAAAAGACACCAGGACGUUUUUUGUUUCAAACCAAGUAACGUAACUAUAAUGUUUAUUUGUUUUCAAUCAAGUAAUGACUCACGUGAGGCAGAGAUGGCGCUCCAAACACUGAUGAACUUUUGUUGUUCGAUAUAUACUUCAAAGUUAGAACAAUUUUACACUGCAUUGAAGACUGUAGAAAACAAUUUUCAUUUCGCAUCUCUUGAACUUGGAAUGGCAAAUACUAAUUCCAAUAUGAGUUCUCAUUGCUCAGUGAAGUUUUUUGACAAAUUUCCAGAAUCUUCCGGGCAAGAGUCUGGAGUAAAUGAUUUCCAGACAUAUCAGUUUUGGCUCUAUUCUGCUUUUAUGAUUUUGGCUGGUAAUUGUGCUAGCUCUGCAUUCACUUUUUCAGAUACCAUUUGUUGUGAGAGUGUAAAAAAGUACAAAAGAGAUUUUGGUCGCCAAAGGAUUUAUUCUGCCAUUAGCUGGGGUCUUCUAGCUCCUGCAGGAGGACUUAUAUGCGAUCUUACUAAUGAUUUUUAUGCAACAUGGAUAUUCAUGGCGUCUUUGCAAUGUAUUACUCUUUGGAAUUUAUUUAAAAUGGACCUUGUGAUUCCCCAGUUUUCUCAAAAUCUAGCAAAAGAUGUUGGAAAAGUUCUAAAAUCGCCAUCGUUUCUAGCAUUCAAUAUUAGUGUUCUUAUAAAUGGAAUAUGGUCUGGUAUAAUAUGGUAUUAUCUUGUGUGGUUUAUUUCUUCAUUGGGAGCUAGUACCUUCCUUUGCGGCUUAAUCCCUUACGUACAAUGCUUUGCCGGUGAAUUGCCAAUUAUGUUCUUUUCUGGCUGGAUUAUAGAGAAAAUUGGACAUUUUAAUUCUCUCACUUUAUCUCUUUUGUCUUAUGCUGUUCGAUUUUUGUGGUACAGCUACCUGCAAAAUCCGUGGCUUGUUCUUCCUAUUGAAAUCGUCCACGGUUUCACUUAUGGAUUAUUUUAUCCCACUGUGGCAUCGUUUGGAAAACUUAGCGCCAGGACCGGAACAGAAGCAACAACCCAGUCAAUUCUGUUCUCAACACAUGAGGGAUUAGGGGCUGGCAUUGGAUGUAUCUUGGCUGGUAUUGGCUUUGAUACUUUUGGUGGACACUGGACUUUUUUCUACUUCAGUAUACUUGCUUUUGGUGCUGCUUUACUCAAUAUUUGCAGUACUGUAUUAGUUGCCAAAGGUUAUCUUGUAAUUCAUCAUGAAUAUUCACCGCCAAAAGGUUGAUCCUUUGUCAAUCCAUUCUAGAUAGAGCUCAUUUUUUGUCCCUGAUGAUCCUUAAUGUCCUCCACAGAUCUGCUAAACUUUAUGGGUUGUUGAGUAUUAAAUGAUGUCUGUUAUAUAUUAACAAAGAUUUUGCGUGUAAAAAUUUACUGACUUAAAUUCCUAUACAUCGUGAAAGAUUAACAGGCGCUUUAUUUUUUCAAGACCAUUUUGAACAUAUUUAACUGCUGGCAGUGCUAUGGCCUGAGAAAAUAUUGCGCAGAAACAUUUAUUCACAGCCGAGCAUUUAAAUAUGAGACAUUAUUCAUUUUUCUUUUACUUAAGAAGGUUGAUAUAUAAUGGAAUGUUAAGCAACAUGCAUAGUUAAAUUAUUAUCGGUGUUUUAAUUUGGGAAAAGCCAAAAACAGUAAGUGUUAUUCCGUAACUGUAUAAGAGAUUUUUAUUUUUCUAAAUAAGUAUUGUAACGCUAUUGAGAGGAAUUCGAACAUGAGGGGCCAUCAGAACAUUAUGUAAGCACUUAAAAUGGGGAUGGGGUUUGUGAUUUAUUUUUGCUGACAAUGAUAUGAGGGGUAUGAGCAAUGGUCACGUAAAAGAUAUUAAAAUCCCAUUAUUACCAAAAAAAAAAAAAAAAAAGCUGACAGA